AUUGCCACCCUCCAACCCCCCCAUCACGGUCAAACGCCAUCUUGAAUUUCCCAAGGCGACUGAUGAGUCGGUAAAAACGACACUGACAUUCUCAAUGAUUUUCCUUCUGGAUAAAUUGUCGCGUGGUAAAAAUAAAGAGUAGAAAUCAAAUAAAUAGUCAAAUUGUAUUUAUGUAUAAUUGAAAUAUUAAUGAAUCACUGUCCGAUAAAAAAUCAACUGCGUGCACUAGUGACUGAUCAUCGUAGAGGCGGAGACGUGGCUCAUCCCUUAGUCAAUUAUUAUUUAGAUCAUAUUUGAGUUUUUAGUGGUAUUAUUUAUGUGAAUAAUGGCAUCCCGAGUUAAUCAGGGUAUACAGAGAGUUUUGGGAAAACUAGAGGCUUCUGUCAACUCUGGCAAUUAUUAUGAGGCACAUCAGAUGUACAGGUCGCUAUACUUCAGGUACCUUGGCCAGAAGAAGUACGCAGAUUUACUUGAAUUACUCUAUAAUGGUGCGAUGCUAUUGUUGCAACGUGAUCAGCAUACGAGUGGCGCCGAUCUAGGAAUUUUGUUCAUAGAUGUGUUGAAUAAAUCGGAGACAGAAACGUCGAAAUCAUACUUCGAGAAGAUAACGAAUUUAUUCAGUAUUAUGAAGCAGGGAACGCCCGAGAGAGAGACGUUCCUUCAUAAUGCCCUGAGAUGGAGUUUGAAACAUACGACUUACAAGUGGGGACACCCUGAUCUCCAUAAACUCAUUGCCGAGGUAUUUUGGCAGGAGAAAAACUACACCCUGGCAAAGCAACACUUUAUAUACAGCAACGAUGGGGCUGGAUGUGCAGCAAUGCUAGUGGAGCUUCAUCAGCAACGUGGGUACUCGAAUGAAGUCGAUCUUUUCAUAGCCCAAGUUGUUCUACAGUACCUUUGUCUACACAAUGAAUUUGCAGCACAAAAAGCCCUGGACUCGUACACCUCCAGGCAUCCAAAAAUAAAUAAUGGACCUCCCUACCUCCUGCCACUACUCAAUUUCUUGUCAUUUCUGUUGAAGACUAUUCAACUCCCCUCACAUGGUAUGUUCCUCAUACUCUGCGAACAGUACCAGUUGAGUCUCAACAGAGAUCCGAGUUAUCGUAUUUAUCUGGAUAAAAUAGCACAGCUGUUUUUCAAUGGUCCUGCUCCACGACCCAAACGUCAGGGCCUAUUUGGAAACCUUUUGCAGUCACUUUUCGUUGGUCUUGAUGACGAGGACUCUGACAUGGAGGAGCAAGCAUCCAGACAAAGCACUCCUGGGGCAUCAACUUCACAAGCUCCUCAAGAACUUGACUGAUCAUCGAGGCCCCUGGCAUUGUAUCAUAACGUAGUAGAGCAGAUAUUAAAAAUUUAUUUUACAUUUAUUUGUUUUUCAUAGACAAUUUUCACUCUUGGUUAGUACACCCAUUGAUUCGUGAGGAGCUGGUUUUGGGGGAAAAUAGAAAAUCGGUAAAUCUUCCCUUUUCGAAUUGGCAAUAAUUUUCGGAGGUUCAUUCCAAUUGAUUCCUUCCUUGAUCGUCAAUGACCAGUUGUCGCUCCCUUAUUAUUUGAUUCAGUUAGUCCAUCAUAUUUCAAUUUUUUCGAUAUGUAAUGCUUUCAUUUAGCCUUCAGGUAAAUUCAAGACUCAUUUUACCCAGGGGUUACGAUGAAUAAUCACCGACAUUGAUCUUUCUAAUUAUUUAUUAAUCUCUUCUGUUUUCGACUGUACGAUAUCCUUCUGAUGGAUCAUGGGAAGAAGAUAAUACAUUAAUUAUGAAAAACUAGUUUAAUGGAAAUGCUUGAAGUAAUGUCUAUUAAUAAUUGAUAAAGUGUGACUUGUGCUCAUUUUAAUGAGCUUUACUAGCGCCAUGUGGACUGUCUCAGUGAAAAAAAAUGUCGUGAAAAAAAAAAUAUUGUACAAAUAACUACAAGUUUUAGGCGGUAAUUGUGGCUCGUGGUAGAGGAGUUGAAAACGUCAAAUCAAUGUGCGGGAAAAUUAUGAGAACAUUGUUAUUUAAAAAUAAUGUAACUUUGCCAAAAAAAAAUUCAAACUUUUCUAUUACACGAGCAUUUUAGUCGGUUGCAAUGUACUCAAUCAAUGAAUCUACGUAAAUUUAUAAUUGGAA